GGAACCACGGCGGCUGCGGCGGCGGAGGAGGUGGUGGUGAGCACGGGCGUGGGCGGCGGCGGCAGCAGCGGCUUGGGCGGCGCGGGUGCCAACGCCGUUGAGCCACCGCGGCCUCCUCGCUCUCCACGCUGGCCUCCGAGACGCCGCGUUGGGAAGGCUGGGCGCCCGGGUCCGUCGCACCAGACCUUCAGGCACUGUGUGCCACAUCCUUCCCAGUUGCCACAUGAGUCCAAGUCAUGACGGACGCCAAGUAUGUUCUCUGCAGAUGGAAAGAGCGAUUAUGGCCUGCAAAGGUUUUGGCCAGAACUGAGAUAUUAACUAAGAGAAAAAAGGAAUUUUUUCUAAAUGUUCAAAUACUUUCCGUAGACAAAAAAGUGAGAGUGAAAAGCACGGAAGCCAAGAUCUUGAGGAAGUCCCACAUCGAGGACAUUGCUGCCUUAUUGGCCUCACAGAACAAGGUUUCGGCGAAACCUGUGGAGGAGUUGACCUACAGACGGUCGCUUCGAGUGGCUCUGGAUGUUUUGAAUGAGAGAACCCGUUCGCAUCAAGAAAGCUCUUCUAGGGAAGAAGGAACGGCUGUGACUGCAGGAGAGAAGCGUGUGGGACGGGCAUCCUCACUCUGUGAUCCCAACCCUUCAUUUCUUCCCCACAAAGGGGUGUUGAACAGUUCUGGAUCUGAGAGAAGGGAGCGAGUGUACCAGAGGCUGUCACGCUCGUCCACUAGUGAAAGUGAUCUCAAAUGCCAAGUGGACCACAAAAAAAGGAUUGGGGGAAAUGAAAGCCCACUUGCCCUGGUGGUCUCAACCAGAUGUGGUUCUCCGGACCGGAGUAAAUCAAGAAUACACCUCGAAAAUGGGACAACCCUGAGUAAAAGGGGAAGAAAUUUGGCACAGGAGCCCAGUGGAUGUUGGAAUGGCCCUUCCCUUCCAGUGGGAGAUGGGGAAAGAAAGAGAGAGGAAGAGGCAGGCAGCCCAGCAGCCCAGAGCUUACCUUCUGCAGUUAGGGAGCAGGGUCUGUGUGCCAAAGGGCGCCGCCCGGGUUUGCCAUUAGGCAGCCCAAGUAUGCACCCAGCCUGCCUGGAUUCUCGAGACCCGCCUGCUAAGCAGCUGUGCUCCGGUGGCAGCCAGAGGUCUGGGCCAAGGGGAUGCAUGAUUCUGCGCAGUGCCAGUAGGUCCACCCCUCUCUCUCCCUCGGAGGACACAAGUCUUCAUGUCCUGGAGGAAGACCGUCAGUCUUCUGAAGAGUCAAUGGAGUUUGAUCCCAUUAAUUCCAUCCUGGAGGAGGAAGAGGAGGAUGAGGAACUCCCAAGAAUCCUUUUAUAUCACGAGCCACGCUCAUUUGAAGUAGGAAUGUUGGUCUGGCUUAAAUACCAAAAAUACCCCUUCUGGCCUGCAGUGGUCAAGAGCAUCAGGCGGAGAGACAAGAAAGCAAGUGUGCUUUUCAUUGAAGGACACAUGGACCCGAAAGGACGAGGGUCAUGGAGUGUCUUCCAUUCAUGUAACCUUGCCUCUGCUUCCCGCAGCAUCACGGUGCCUCUUAGGAGGCUGAAGCACUUUGACUGUAAAGAGAAACAGGCACUUCUGAACAAGGCCAAGGAGGACUUUGACCAGGCCAUUGGCUGGUGCGUCUCCCUGAUCACUGACUACAGGGUCCGGCUUGGUUGUGGUUCCUUCUCUGGCUCUUUUCUGGAAUAUUAUGCAGCCGAUAUAAGCUAUCCUGUGCGUAAGUCCAUCCAGCAAGAUGUCUUAGGGACCCGGUUCCCUCAGCUCUGCCAGGAGGACCCCGAGAUGCCUGUGGCUGGGAGCCCUUGGGGCAGGAGGCAGCCCUGCAGAAAAGUCCUGCCCGACCGGUCUCGGGCUGCACGGGACCGUGCCAACCAGAAGCUGGUUGAGUAUAUCGUGAAGGCGAGGGGCGCUGAGAGCCAUCUGCAGGCCAUCUUAAGGAACACAAAGCCAUCCAGGUGGCUGAACACAUUUCUGAACUCGGGGCAGUACAUGACGUGUGUGGAGACGUACCUGGAGGACGAGGAACAGCUGGACCUGGUGGUGAAGUACUUGCAGGGGGUCUACCAGGAGACGGGUAGCAGGAUGCUGACACAGAUCAAUGGUGACAGAAUCCGCUUCAUCCUGGAUGUUCUUCUGCCUGAAGCCAUCAUCUGUGCAAUCUCUGCAGUGGACGCGGUAGAUUACAAGACAGCCGAGGAGAAGUACAUCAAAGGACCUUUGCUGAGCUACCGGGAAAAAGAAAUGUUUGACAACCAGCUUCUAGAAGAAAGGAACCAGCGAUGCUGACAUGGGAAGGCACCCUCGGGUGGUAGCGAGAGUCGCCAGAGGUCCUGUUUUGUUGAACGUGCUUUCCAAAGACGGGGCUGGGGAGAUGUGGGUGUCAGAUAUAUCUGUGGGCUCUGUUUUCCUGGCUUUGGGGGGAAGGUACAGUUCUUGAAAGGUUUUUAGAAGGACAAAAAUGACUUAUUUUGCUUUAUAUCAUUACUUGUGACUGUAUGGAAUAGUUUAAUAUAAGGUACACAUUUGUCUUUUUAUGUUAAAAAGCAUUGUAUCCGAUAUUAAACAGGAGUUUAAAAACAAGUUUGAUAUGAAUGUAUAAUCUCCAGAGACAUUGUAUAUUUUUCCAUUCCCCCUUCUUUCUGUGGUUUCCUCUUACCAUUGUUCCUGAGUUUGGUAUGCUCCCUUGUACAUUUUUGAAGAAAACUAGUGUUUAUAAAAGAUGGAGCCAAAGAC